UGAUAAUUGGAUCUCUAUAUUUAUGUGAGAGUCAUUCACUCAGUAGCCCACCGAGUUGGCUUUUACCAGGAUGAGGACGAAUGGACUAGGAUUUCUAGGCGUAAUUUUUGCAGUUUUUCUUGCUCAGGGCUUUGGUGAGGAAGAAACAGUAUGCAAGGGACAAUGGGGAAAUUUUUACAACGGAAGCUGCUAUCUCGUUAUCGAGGUUCACUGGAGUCGGAGACAAAACCACCAGGGAGCGUCCAAGCUGUGCAGUGAAAUGGGGAGCAGAUUGUUGUCCAUUGACACUACGGAGGAGAUACAACAACUGGGGGUUCAUUUAAAUAACACCAUACAGCAAAAUGUAGGGGUUGGGAAAGAGUUUUGGAUUGAUACCUGGCUGGGAGGGAAAGCUGUUAAACCUAAACAAUGCCUUAUUAUAAAUAACUGGAACAACAGAAAUGGCGACACAUCAAUUUAUAAUCGAGGAGUGAAGCCGUGUGACAUGAGGCGUAACUGGAUAUGCAAAGGCGAUAUAGGCCACGUGAACAACAUGGUGGAAAGGGAAAUGUUAAGAAACAAUUUGGCCGUACUGUCAAAACAAUUAAUGUCGCAGAAUCUAGCAAUCGAAGAACAAGUGCGAUCAAAUGGAGAUUCCGGAUUGAAGCAAACAAGGCGCACGCUCACUGGUAGUCGACCUUACCACUCCGACACCCACACAAGCAAUAGAAUGGCAGCAAUGCAUGAUCACGCUAACAACAUAAGAACUGUUGGACUUGGAGAGUUCGCUGCAGUUUUGAAUGGUGUUGAGUUCCGCACCAGACACAAUGAUUUUCGCUUAAACAUGCCUAGUCGCACAGACCCAAGCUAUGGUGCCAUGGAAGAGAUCCCCUUUCCUCCGGUGCCACCAAGUGUACUUAAAAAAACAAAUGUACAAGGGCAGGUAAACGAAAUGCGUGAGUACUUCAGAGCGUGGGCCAACCAAGAUACUAAGCUACGCGACUACAAACCUUACUUCAGGCCAGUACUGUGCUAUCUUGAGGGAAUGUGGACAAACUCUGGGGAUAAUAUAGAAGAACCAUUUUUCAGUGACCGUCAUUUCAUUGAUGCAGCUACAUGGAGUGAAUUGGAAAGUAAAGUAAGGUUUACUGCAGCGACGGGAGGCAAGAGUUUGCAGGAGAAUUAUUCAUAUUUACCUGUUAAAAUUCAGAAGCUUUUCAAUGAUACGUUUCCCGUUUUCGCCCAAUGGAAUUACCGCAUCGCAUGUCAUCCAAUUAGUGGAGAUCUACCAUUGAACAGGUUUCGAGUAGUGGACGAUGUGUCAUCCAGAAUGGCUUUCAAGAAGACAUUUGACCAACACGCAAAAACAAGAGCUGCUCGCUUUGAACUUAACCAGUGGGAUCAAGAUAAAUGGCGACCUGAUGGGAUAUUCCAUCCACGUGCUGGUCUGCUUGACAAAUUGAUGUCUGAAAUUCCCGGUCGAAACAACUACAUGGCGAAUCUUGUAGAUGAUGCGUUUGGUUUGCCUGCUCAGGGACUAAAACCAGGUGCUGGCCCACUUAAUGCUGGAUUCUAUCACAGGUGGUACAAGGGACCUAGGAAUGAUGCCAUGGGUGUCAGUAUGCGUGCUCGUGGCUAUUCCGACAGCAGUGUCUUCAUGGCAAUGACAAACCAAUCAAAAGUGUCAUCUGUGGAUUUAGACGACCAGUGUAAAAAUGUUAAAGGAAAACGUACAUGUCAGCACUACAGUCAAAGAUGGACAUAUGCCAUACCACUUGAGAUAAUCUACCUGACGCCAUUAAGCACGUGGAACCCGUACGACCUUGAAUACAAGGGGAAUGCAUACAGCCCUCUUGGAAAAACAGUGCAAGCAGGUGGAAGAAAUGGUGGCACUAAACCGGAUAAGGCAUACAAUGGAAUAAAUAGUAGAGCUUACUACCUCACUCCUCAAGAAUUUUUCAAAGGGGGUAUCGUAGGGAGAGAUCCAGCAGAUACGGCAAAAGGUUCUGCAGGUGUAUUGGACAAAAAGGGUAAAGUUCGAGCCGUCAAGGCAUCAGGGAUCCGUAUAUUCUUCCCAAAUAUCCCAGGGGUUGGCACAUUGCGACAACGUUGGCCCAUAGCACCAGUGCAUGGGGAAGGAAGUGCAGUUUGGAAAGAACUUGAAGCCAUAAAGGACAUUUUAUUCAAUCCACAGAAGUAUCGUCACAUGUACCCAAGUGGAGGUAAUGUGGUACCACCUGAUGACGGUGACCUGUCACUACAAGUGGCUUAUACAACCAGUGAUCCACCAGGAGCACACAGCCACAUAGUGACCUUGACCCAACAACAGGCCAAGGAUGUCCGCAAUGGGAAGUCAGUUGUUGCAUUCACAAGCGAAGACAACAGUCAUCAGCAUCAAUUGACGAUCUCCUAUCAGGCCAACCCUCCGAGAUAUUUCAUUGCUAAAUGUGACAACAGGAAUACAUGCUGGGAUAAACAUGCAGCAACUCUUACUCCAGUCUCCUCUUUUGAUACUGCGCUUUAAUUAGACACGAUUUUGAUCGACAUUUGAAGUGUGUUGUUACUGGAAUUAUAGAAGAGCUCGAGUUCAAAGAUAUUUUUUCUCAUAAUGAAGAAAAAUAAUGAAUAUGUAUGUCAAGGAAUAAAGUAACAUAGUCUGUGUGUAAACAUGUAAACCUUUCAUUUAUAUAUGUAUAAUUUUUCUUCUUGAUCUUUAAUAAAACUCUAAAAACAA